GUCAUAAACAAUACUAAUAAACUCUAAUAAACGUAACUCACCUGAUUAAAUUACACAAAAACAAAUCGGAAACAAUGAAAAAGUUGGUGAAAAGGAGAGUAAAGAAGAAACAGUAACAUCUUCUACACCAAUCACACAAAUAACGUAUUCAAUAGAAGAAAAACUUUUGCAAAACAUUCUCUUUACGAAGAGAGAGACGACCACCGUCGCCGGGAAGUGACGUCACUAAAAAAAGUUAUCAAUGGGUGCCACAGAGCCUGCGGUUGAAGAGAGAGAAGAAACAGAAAAGAAGCAGAGAGGAGUAAAGGCUGUGGAGGAGGAGGAAGGAGAAGGAGAAUCAAAGGAUAAAGAACAUCACAGAUUCUUGGCGAGUUUAAACAGAUUAAACCCAACAAACCCUCUUAGGAUCAUCGUUAACAAUGGCGGUGGCACUAGAUUCACUACGCCGCCUUCCUCAAGAGCUCCUCCGCCGACGCAGACGCCUCCACCGCCGGAAGAGCCGCCUCAGCCACCGCCGUCUCCUUCUCCAUCAACACCACCUCAGCCGCAGCCGCUUCAACAACAAUCUCGUUCCAUCUUCACACCAACCCCUCAAACUUUAGCAUCACUGAACUCAACGAAGUACACAAACAAGUUCUUCCUCCUCCUCUUCAUCCUCCACAAGGUCGUGGCCAUUGCCUUUGUCUGCUUCCUCGUCUUCAGAGGCAUCCAAGGUCUAAUAGGCUCCAACGGUAACAACGUCAAAAGGAAAGAGCAAAGGAUCCUCAAGUUCCUUCUUCCGCAAGUCGAAGCUGCGUCGUUGCUUAGCAUCAUACUCGCGUUCUCAUGGCAAAUGGCGUUUCGUCUAUGGCCUGAGUUUAUGAUCCACUUCAUACUCUGGAGUACCUUCUUGAUGUCUUUAUCCUCAGGGAUACUCUUGUUGUGCUUCCAGAUACCCGCAACAGACGCUGUUGGGGUUUGUCUUAUUGCGUUCUCCAUCGGUAAUGGUUUGUAUGCGUGUUGGAUCACUCGGAGGAUCAAGUUCUGUUCCAAGAUACUGGUCAAGUCGUUAGAGCCUGUUUCUAAAUUCUCUGAUCUUAACUUACCGACUUACUACAUGCUAGCAGCUGGUUUUGUCUGGAUGUCGCUUUGGAUCUUUGGUGUCAUUGGUGCAUUGAACUUCUAUUUUCCACCGUUGGUGAUUAUUGGUUUGGUGUUGAGUUUGGCUUGGACGACGGAAGUGAUGAGGAACGUUGUGAACUUAACUGUGAGUAGGGUCGUCGCUUUGUUCUAUCUUAGGGGGAUGCAGUCGAGUACUCGGUUUAGUUUCCAAAGGGCUUUGUCUCGUAACCUAGGGAGUGCUUGUUUGGGAUCUUUGUUUGUUCCAACGAUUGAAGCCUUGAGGAUAGUGGCAAGAGGGUUGAAUUUACUUAAGGGUGAAGAUGAGUUCAUGUUUUGUUGUGCUAAUUGUUGUCUUAAUCUCAUGACCUUCAUAUUUGAGCAUGGCAAUGGUUGGGCCUUUGUGCAGAUAGCAGCGUAUGGGAAAGGAUUUGUGAGGGCGUCACAAGACACAUGGAAACUGUUUGAGGAUGCAGAUAUGGUUGAGAUAGUAGAUGCAGACAUAACAAGCUCCAUCUGCUUCCUUACAGGCAUUUGUAGUGGCUGUGUCUGUGUUAUUAUGGCGGCUGCUUGGACAUACACGGUUUACAAACCUUUUACAGCUACCAUCUCCUUGCUUGCCUUCUUCAUUGGAUACCUCAUGACGAGAAUCUCAAUGGCAUUGCCUCACGCCUGCGUAAGUUGCUACUAUGCAUGCUACGCUGAGAAUUCAGAAAGUAGAUUCUUCGACAAAACUAUAAGAGAUAGACAAGCUUUGAUCAAGAAUGGCCGUGUCGUUGUCCCUACUACCCCUAGAGUCCGCCGCGCUGUAGCCUAACCCAGCCAUGGCUCUGCUUAGUCUCUUUGUUUUCCUUCCAUGCCUGAUUGAAAAGGCUAGGUGUUAAUUUUUUCGGAAAUCAAAUAAAUAGUUUUUAAAUAUAAAAAUUGUAUUUAAAACUUGAAAAUUAAUUUAAGAACAGUAAGAGUGAA